CCAUGGGGCAGAUCACGGUGGACAUGGUGAGUGUGUGGCCAUGGGGCAGAUCACGGUGGACAUGGUGAGUGUGUGGCCAUGGGGCAGAUCACGGUGGACAUGGUGAGUGUGUGGCCAUGGGGCAGAUCACGGUGGACAUGGUGAGUGUGUGGCCAUGGGGCAGAUCACGGUGGACAUGGUGAGUGUGUGGCCAUGGGGCAGAUCACGGUGGACAUGGUGAGUGUGUGGCCAUGGGGCAGAUCACGGUGGACAUGGUGUACGGCGGCAUGAGGGGCAUGAAAGGGCUGAUCUACGAGACCUCUGUGCUGGAUCCUGACGAGGGCAUCCGCUUCCGUGGCUACAGCAUUCCUGAGUGCCAGAAGAAGCUGCCCAAAGCCGCAGGGGGAGAGGAGCCACUGCCCGAGGGUCUCUUCUGGCUGCUGGUGACCGGAGAAAUCCCAACCCAGGAGCAGGCGACCUGGCUGUCCCGGGAGUGGGCCAAGCGUGCAGCUCUGCCCUCCCACGUGGUGACCAUGCUGGACAACUUCCCCACCAACCUGCACCCCAUGUCCCAGCUGAGCGCCGCCGUCACCGCCCUCAACAGCGAGAGCAAGUUCGCCCGCGCCUACGCCGAGGGCAUCCACCGCGCCAAGUACUGGGAGUUUGUGUACGAGGACGCCAUGGACCUGAUCGCCAAGCUGCCGUGCGUGGCCGCCAAGAUCUACCGCAACCUGUACCGCGAGGGCAGCGGCAUCGGCGCCAUCGACCCCAACCUCGACUGGUCCCACAACUUCACCAACAUGCUGGGCUACACCGACCCCCAGUUCAUCGAGCUGAUGCGGCUCUACCUCACCAUCCACAGUGACCACGAGGGAGGGAAUGUGAGUGCCCACACGAGCCACCUCGUGGGCAGCGCCUUGUCUGACCCGUACCUCGCCUUCGCCGCCGCCAUGAACGGGCUGGCAGGGCCCCUGCACGGCCUGGCCAACCAGGAGGUGCUGCUCUGGCUCACUGACCUGCAGAAGGAGCUGGGCAAGGACGUGUCGGACGAGAAGCUGAGGGAUUUCAUCUGGAACACGCUCAACUCUGGCAGGGUUGUGCCAGGCUACGGGCACGCGGUGCUGCGGAAGACGGACCCGCGCUACACCUGCCAGCGGGAGUUCGCCCUCAAGCACCUGCCCAAGGACCCGCUGUUCAAGCUGGUGGCUCAGCUCUACAAGAUCGUCCCCAACGUGCUGCUGGAGCAGGGCAAGGCCAAGAACCCCUGGCCCAACGUGGAUGCCCACAGCGGGGUCCUGCUGCAGUACUACGGCAUGAAGGAGAUGAAUUACUACACGGUGCUGUUCGGGGUGUCUCGGGCCCUGGGUGUGCUGUCUCAGCUCAUCUGGAGCCGAGCGCUGGGAUUCCCCCUGGAGAGACCCAAAUCCAUGAGCACCAAGGGGCUCAUGCAGCUCGUGGGCUACAAAUCCGGGUAAAGAAGGGAAAGAAGGGACGGGG